GUUAAAUCGCUCGCAAAGAGUAACUGCUUUAUUGAGGAAUACGUGCCUCGUAUUUCGUUACACAAUGGCUGAUAGGAGAUCUGCAGCCUUCGAUUAUUCUGAAGGCUGUAUUGCAGAAAGUAAAAGAACCGUGUCAUUUGAACGUCGAUAUAACGCUGUAAACUUCCGAAUCCCAUUUCGGAUAAACUGGACUAUAAUAUUGACCAUAAUGUCAAUAUCGGUCUGUCAAUUCGUAGAAUCCGUUGCUGAACGACAAGUGUCGAGUUCGCACGGAAAGGAGCAUUAUGAUCAACAUCGUUCGGAGCGUAGCGUGCGAAGAUCGAUGGUACCCAGCCAAACUUUACAAAGCGUUGCCGAAGAUCCGGCUCUCACGCCGCAGGACGUUUUAUCACGUUUGGAGGCUGCUGCAGUUUUACGCGACAAUCUGGUGACAACGUUAGGCCGCGUACUGCUACUUUGUCUGAACGACGACGUGAGAAUACCCUUGGAGCAGAUUCACAAUGCUGCGCGAAAUUAUCGAGUUGCAGUUUACGAGUUUCUUCCCGUUCUACCGGCACUGAGAAACAAGUUACCGAAGCAACAACUGUACAAGCUCCUGCAAAUGCUGGAGAGGGUCGACAACCGCUUCGUUUCCGAAUACGCGUCGCUCUGCAUAAGCGCCUUUUCCGACGUCGACGCCGCCCUGGAGCAGGUGCCGCUCGCCGAUAUGUUGCUCGACAUAGACCAGGAAGUGAUCGAGUCGGUCUCGCGCGAUAAGCAAAGGGCCGGCGUGUUGCAUCCAUCCCUGGCGAAAGGCAUUGACUUUCUGUUACAAGCGGCUCGUAAUGGCGACGAGAUUCUCAAUCUGCGCGCAGUGUCCGCGAUACUGUUAAAUUAUCCGGUGUUUGAUCUGACGGAUCCGGAAGUCCACAAUGCUAUUAGAUUUAUCGCGCAACGAUUAAAGGAGCGAUCGGGCUCGGAAGAUGCUCUGUUACAGUAUAUGGGACCGAAUCUGGAGAAUACAACAAAUUUUCUGAAAACGCUCCUGGAAAGACUGGAGACAGACGAGCAGUCGUCCGAGACAACUAGGGAGGCGACCUCAUUAUUGCUUCAGAAUUUCAACGUGAAACCUUAUCCGUCCACUCCCAACCGGAAAGACAACUCAAAGAAACUCUUGGUAGCGGCGAAUGAUUAUUAUCCCCUUAACGCCGCCGCCGUAGCUAAAUAUCUACUUGAUCAUCUCGAUGAUUCGCAUCUUCAGGCUCUCGAUAUUGGUUUCUAUGAAACAGGCGAUCACGCUCUUUUACAAGUGUUGUCGCGCCUCCGUAGACAAUCACAUCUGCGGCAUUUGAGGAAACCGCUGUCCCUGCUGAUACCUUUCGUCUCGCAGAAACUGGCGAACGACGCCAAUUACGACUACACGGCGCCAGUUAGCUUCUACGAGGUGAAUGAUUAUUUAGAUGCCUUCGACACGCCGUGCCUGCAGCCGAAUAUUAGCGACGCGAUGAAAAUGUUACGUCCCCAUUUAUCAGAGGAUCUACCGUGGACCUAUGCCUUCGGAGAUAGACGAGUGAGCGAUGAUCCUUGGGAAUUAAUCUUGACCUCGCUGAUCCAUUUGAGAAACGUCCCGGUGAACGAGUCGCAAGCAAAAGUUAUCGAUAAUUUCAUUUACAAAGGUCACGUCAAUGGUCUAACCCCUAGACGAGGACUGCUCUACGAUUCCGGCAUCAUCUUUCAGAGAGACGACUCGGCGGAUGUGGAGGUCGAUAUCUUUUCCCUGUUGAUGCGUAUACCAGACGCCUUCAGGAGCGAGAAGUUUACUCCUGUGCUGAAUUUUAUGUCCAAGCGGAACAUUCUCAAUAUUCUGAGUUACGAGUUCAACAAGUUUGAACACGAAACACCGAGGAACUUAUUAUUAGCCAUGCUGAAAAGAGCGCGGACACUUCCUCUCGUGAAAUCCGACGAGCCUUUAGCCAGGGCUCUCCAAAACACUCACGAUUACCUUGAAGAGCCGUUACUGAUCAAUCUAUAUAUCUCAGAGGAUCUGCAACUGUUACUAAAGAAUCUGCCGUACAUCGAUAGCGAUCCGCGAUAUCUACCGCUAAAGAUACUCUUUAAAAAACGUAAAUUAUUCACGCAUUUAUCGUCGACCUUCAGUCUGGCUGAUGUGCACACACCGAUGGAAAGACUCUUGUUAAUAUUAAAGACCGUGAGCUUGAAAACCGCACAACCAAAGCUUUCCGAGGCGCUAAGCCUUGCUGUCAAUAACGUCAACGGGCCACCGUUGCCGAUUAAAACUUUCGAUCGCUCAGAUUUUGUCUACCUGGUUCAACAACUACUGUCUAGAAAUGAGUCGCUGCAGAACGAAAUUCUCAAGUCGUACGUGUACACGAACGUCGGUGACUGGAACAUCUCCAUCAGCGGAACGCCGGAGAACGUUCUCGCCAGAGCCUUGAGCUCUCCCAUUAAUUAUAUCUCAUCGGACGGAAAUCUAGCCUCCCUCACGAAACGGGCGCUAAACAUCCUGGAGGAAGAAGUUCUAAUCAACACCGAGAUCCUGAAGAAACAGACAUUGGAAGCAAUGCUGGAGUAUCUGCCAAACAACACGUACGUGAAGCCCGUGAUUCUGUUGCUGAGGAAAGCAAAUCUGAUGAUGCUCGUGCCAAAAUUGGAUCUUGCGACCUUAGAAGGAACUGCCGCGCGCGAUGCUUUGAUUAUGCUUCUGAAAAGUUUAACGGAGUCUCGCAUAAUACGCGCGGAGAAAUUGCUACUGAGACGUGUCAGAGUGGCGUUGAGUUCCUUAGACGGUAACAGUGGAGACGAUCGCCAAACGCCACUUUUUGCUUACUUGAUCCAAUCGUUGCAGGAUCCAAGUAAUGCCAUUUACCAGCCACUCCUGCUAGAAAUAAGCAAGUUACAUUACCUAACGAUUUCGCCUGAUGAACGACAAGCUUGGUUGCAAAGUUAUUUCCAGGAGAUCAUCGACAAGAAUGAGACAGAGAACUUGACGAUGGCUGCGUCGAUGAUGCUUAAAGAGAUUACGCAUGACGAGAGUCUGGAGUCGCGUGCUAGUAAAGAACGAAUUGGUAAAGCUGUAUCGCUAUUACCUGCGGAUCCUUUUGUCAAACCACUGAGAAGACUAUUGACACCUGAUUGGGCAUACAGCAUUUUGCCGGAAAAACUCAGAAACUCCGAUUCGUUAGAAAAAGAGGAACUUCUGCAAUCGAUUCUGCAUCACGCAAAGCAACAAGUCAACGUCGCUGAUAGCUCUGGUUUAACGAGAGCCAUUUUCAAAAUCGAGGCAAAUUUGAAAGGAUCGGGCACAGAUAUUGAAUCGCUGAGGAGUGCCGUUGCUGCCAUGAAGGCUGCCGUUUACGAUCCUGUUAGAAAACUUCUAAAUGCUGCCGGCUUGAAUAAAAUAAAAGUCACCGUUCCUACUGAUAAAUCGGCUAAAACGUCGCUGCUGGGAUUAUUACAUCGUUUGCUAUUGCAUCCUGUGGUCAAAAAGAACAAUGACGUUUUAAAACUGUUGAGCGCCGUUAAAGAGGACGUAGUUAGCUUCGGAGUGGAUGUAGAUUUGUUGACUGUACUCGAUAAUGUGGGAAUCGCCGACAGUAACGAGCUCGCUCCCAUUAGAUUGUUCUUGCAUAGACGGGAUGUCAACGAGAAAUUCGGGCGUACCGUCUUCGCAGUUGCCGAUCCGAAAAAGCGCUAUCGCACGUUACUGCACAUUCUCCAGAGGCAACACCAAAACAACGACACGCGAUUUUUCGAUGCGCUUUCGACGCUGAGGAAUAUUCAACCUAAUGAAAGAGAGGCGGAUACGUUGAUUUCGGACCUCGAAGACAUAGUGAAUGCCAUUCCGCAUCGCGACAGACAGCGGUUUGAAUCCAUCGAGUAUUUGUUCAACGCCGAUACACUGUCUCGUUUAACGGAUGGUAAUGAGAUCGUCGAAUCAAACACCCCAUUGAUUACUUUAUUGUCCAAGAUCGCGGAUUUGCCAGAAGUCAACAGUAAUAACACCGCAAUGAAUAAGUUAAAUAAGCUACAAUUAGAUGUCGUACAUUUGAAUUACCCAAUUGUCACCGGUUUUCAACUCAGACCACUGUUGCUCGAACUUGGACAUGUUCAGCAAAUCAACGUGGAUUAUCUCAAUUCUAUCUUAAAUCCCGAAAUACUGAGUUACUUGAAUCCGGAAGAAAUGUUCGGCACAUCCAAUAACAAUAUCGAUAUACUUCAAAAUAUCAUCGAUUAUUUGCUGCACGAAGGACCAGCGUUUGUCGAUGAUGACAUGCAAAGGCAUUUGCAGUCGUUCAAGCGCGUUCUGAAACUGACAAUAGGUUCCAGCAAGCCCUCGAAGAGAGAUUUGACUAAGGAAGACUGGAAAAAGAUGCUGAACUUGAUACCGCACAAGAAAGACUUCGCGCCCAUCAAGAACUUCUUGCAGACCAAAGAAAUCCUCAAAUAUAUCAAGUACGAGGACACGGAUUGGAAGAUGUUUUCCACUCCGGUCAAAAAAUUACUUCAUCUCCUGUCGUUGAUGGACAACAACGAGAUUGAGAACGAGAACGUCUACAAGGUGGCGAACAGGUUGCGGCGCAAUCUUGAGAAACGUUACAACUUCAUUACCGAGAAAGACGUUAAGAGCAUGCAUCGUACUUUGACGAGUCUCAAACUCAAAUAUGACUUAGCGCCUCUCAAGAUAUUUUUGAAUCACAACAAUAUGAUUAAGUAUCUACCGCCGGACUUCAAGUACACCAUCUACAGUACGUCGAUCGAUGCCUUCGCCGCGGUGCUGGAUAAUCUGCUGCGGUUCUCCAGCUUGAGACGAAAGGUAAUUCUUUACAAGACCAUGACGUUCGUGAGACAGGCUUUGCGCGAGCGCAUCUCCCCGGCAAGACGAUCGUUUCGCAGGGCUCUCGUUCGCAAUCAAUUAUCCAGCAACGAUCUCGAAUUCGUCAGCCAGUUAAACAUGUCCCUGCCGAAAGUACGUGAAUUUUUUAAGCCCGAAAAAUUAGCGAGUUUACUGCCGGAAUCGUUUACCUUCGAUAACCAGCCGACGUUCAAGACGAAAGCGUUACAUUUGCUGCGACAGCUGUUAAAAUCGGAUACGGGCAUUCAUUCGGAAUUGGAGGGACUCGUCCGAGAAGUGGAGAAUUAUCCAGACGUUCCAGAGAUCACGAAGGACGACCUCGUGCCACUCAUGAACAUACUUCCCGUCGAGGGAAUACCUUAUGUAGGGCUCAUUAAAAAAUACUUAAAGCCUUCCACGUUGAUUAAGUUGUUACCCGGGAAUUUCAAUAUAAAACAAGUGAAUGUUGCUAAAGACGCGUUGCACGAUGUUUUAUCGUUACUGAGCGUCACUCUUGGCUCUACGAUGGACGAUAAGCUGAAAAUAGCCCUCGACGCACUCAUAAGAGAAUCGAUAAAGAUUAGUUCCAAUGUAAUACCGAGAGAAUCUAUAGUCGAUAGCGACGAUAUAAGAUCUAUUAUAAAAGAGAUUCCGUUCCAGUACAGACAAAUAGAGCCACUCAAGGCUCAAAUGACGACUAGGAGAGUCGUUUCAUCUUUACCCUUGAAUUUCCAACUGACCGAGUACGAGACGAUGAAGCUGCGGGUGUUGGCGGUCUUGGACGAAUUAUCGAGGAGCAAACAGUUUCAAUCUUCGUUGUAUUCCAUCAAUUUCGCCAUAAGAGUCGUCAGCAAGAUGCCAGAUAUGCCCAUAGUGAACGACACGGAAAUCGAGAAGCUGUUAUUGCCGUUGCAAUUGAAUAUCUUCUACGUAAAACUGCUUGUGAAGAAUUGUAAAGUGGCCGCCUUGAUGCCAUACUUGCCGAUUUAUUUCAAUCUCAGCGGCAUAAAGUCGCGGAAGAUGAAGCUCGGGACGAUUCUACGCUACUGCAAGCUGGCGAAUCCCACGGACGUGAGUACGAGGCAGGCGUUGGCCAACGCUGAGACUUUGCUGAAAGCAUCACCCGAUAUCGACAUUACCCGGGAUCACGUGGAAGUUUUGAUACGAGCGAUACCGUGCGCCCAUUUCACCUCGCUGAAGCCCUUGCUGCGAUUCCUGUCGAAGACUGACGUCGCGUCGCUUCUUCCCUGGGAUCUCGACCUGUAUCGAACAUCGCGCACUUUCAAGCAGCGUAUUUUCGACCUGCUAACCGCUAUGCGAAAUGUCAGGGAGCUGCAAACUGACGAAAUAUUCUCCGCCAUCGAUUCUUUAGAGGUGAACGCGAGGUCCUUACCGGAACAAGUAUACGUGCCACCGGAACGCCUAACGAACCUGUAUAACUCGUCGAUCGUGGCGUUUGCGCCAUGUUCAGACUAUCGGGAUUACGUGUUAAAGUUGGAAAAUCUGAUCCAGAUAUUGCCACCAAAUUUCCACUUUCAACUUGACUACCAAACAUCAUCGGUUACCAGUCACAGCGAGUGGGCGAGACUUAUGCGCUUCUCUGCGCUGUUUCUGCGCGAUGUGAUAGACGGGCCCGUGAAAACCGCGUUUGAAGCUUGCAAAGAUAAUGUACGUAAAUUUGAAAAGGAGCAGAUCUUUACUUACCUAUCCCAAGGGUUAAAUUACGGCACGUUUCAGCAGCUGGUGCCACUAAGACUGUACACGCUGGGUCACGCGGAAGAUAUAACCGUGCCCGUUGAAGAUAUUUAUCGCACUUUUCCUUAUGGUUCCAUAUUCUCUAUGCUGCGCGUGAUGAUGAGAGAAUUUAUUCGUAGGUCAGAUUUAAUCAAAAGCAAAUCGUUAAUCAGCGACAUGGAGGUGUUUCUGCACGACUAUCUCGUAAUGUUGUUUAGAGUAUGGAGUGUAAAUUUGAAUGAAAUGUUCAAUGAGAUACCAUCGCCUUACGAGAUCAAUCAAGCCAUCGGUGAAAUUCCGGGUGAUCGUGAAUACGACGAUCUCAGGCUUCUGACGCAAUGUCAAGAUAUACAGACGCCGAUGGAAAGGACAAUACUGCCAGAAGAUACGCCGAAACAGUUGCUCCUGCAAAUGCUGGAACAAGCCGAAAAUGGAGAUAUCGACGCCGCGAUACGGCAGAGCAUCCAGACUCUUAAGCCGCAUCUCGUGAGUGACAUUCAUGCGGAAGAAGUGGAGUAUGUGCUAAAACAGAUGCGCGACUACAGAUACCACGCGAGCAAAGUAGACAGCCUUCGAAAGUAUCUCGUGUCGCGGGGACUCUCGCACGUUCUCGGACAAGAUUUUUCCACAAAAUAUCCCAAUUAUAAAGACAGGCUGUUUGCGAUCAAUGACAUAGUGUUGACUAACACGAUGAAUAAAUCAACCGGGUGUUCACCCGAGUGCCGCGCAGCAUCGGAACACCUGAACCGUACUCUGCACAACGAGAUUAAGAUCGAGCAUAUAGUACCGAGAACGAUGGACGAUAUCAAUGUGCAAUCGCUCUUCUUCGCGUUACCGAAGACGAGAGACGAGAGGAUCAUCCGCGGUAUCAUCGAGUUCUUCUCCAUCCCCAAUUUGCUGCGUAAACUGAAAUUACCAAGAGACCCGUUCGAGUACGUGACCAAGGGUCGGCUUCUGCAGGCUAUCGUGGACUUGGGCCAGAAACUGGAAAGCGUGCAGCAGGAUCCCGUGCAACAGGAGGCUCUGGGGUACUUCAGGGAUAAAAUAACCAUCGUCGGUCCUGGUGCGCAGCCGAUCGAAUUGAAGAAGUACGCGUACGACUCCAACGUGGACGUGGACAUGUACGGCGUGAUGCGGGCUAUCGAUUACGCAAAGAUAAACGAGAGCGAUGCAGUGAAAGUGGCGAUGUUCUUCGAGCGCAAGUACGACAGCCUGGUGCACGCCAUGGACUUCGAACGCACGGCCUACGCGACGAGGGGCUCAUACUUGAAGGCACUGUUCGAACAUCUCGUCAACGUUUCUGUAGUGCCUGAUGACGUGAAGCAGCAAAUAACGUCGUUAAUACCGGCGGUGAGACUGGACGGCCCAGGAGAAGAAAGCGUCGACCUGAACACCGACAUUUUUCACGAGGAAACGCCGAGUAUGAGGAUGUUUGGAGAAUUUUUGGAUGCCAAGUCUCUCAAACCGGUCACAGAUAUCGGAACGAAAAUAUCGCAUUCCUUCUACGAGAACAAAGAAUCGCUGAACGCUGCAGUCGAUAACAUACUCGAGACUAUACCGUCAUCCGAAGAAUAUCUCGAACAUGUUAUCGGACAGUCUAACGUCUACGAGGACAAAACUCGCGUUGUCAUCGGCGCACCUCAGCACCUUGACGGUACCGCUCGACGAAAGUUAAAUCUCGGGCGACCGCGAAUGCAAGGCACGAGUAACUCAAGAGAAGUACUAGCCACGGGAACGAAGAAGAAGAAAAACGAUCGGUCGACGAAAAACUCGCCGCUCAAUGAUAUCGCCGUUCCACGUAAUGAAGCCCGUGUCAAAUACAAAAUAGCGAAAAAGGCGAAAUGUACUAUGUCGAAAAAUAACUUGAGCCAGCGAACACAAUCGAGCGGUCAUGACUACUUUAGCGACAAAGGUGAUAACAGCUCGCCUGCAUUUGAGGAACAGUUAGUGGAAUCUCUUCCGACAUCAUCUCAGCAAUUACUGUCCGAAGAGCCGCGGAAGAAAUCGCAUCACAAACCGAUGACCCGACUUCUCAUUCAACCGGACACCAGCAUUGACAUCGAGUACGUGAAUUCCGACGGAGACGCGCCGAUUGCUAGAAUAUUACACGAUGUAUCGCGGAACGAGAAAAGUUUGUCUCUUACCGAGGAGCUAAUAGCAGAACAGACGAAACUCGACAAAAUGUCGAAGAGUGCAAAGGAAAAUUUUUGUAACAGGCACACGAAGAAAAAUAGGAACACAAAAAUUGGCUCGAGGUAA